GGCGUCGUUUUGUCGGGAACAUCGAUUAUUGGCUGUACAUACGCCGUCAACAGCAUUGUGCCAUUGUCUGUUCUUCUGAGUUUGGCGUCCUUUCGUCGGUGAAUACCAACUGUCGAGUGGUUACGAUUUUUGAAGCUUGUUACGGCCGUUCGUAUCUGUUUCUCGUGCUAAUUUAUCGUUUCUAUCCAAUAUUCCAAUUGCCAUGUCCACAUUAUUGGUAAUCGAAUCAGCUAUGGCUGGUCUGGUGAUCGGCCGUGGCGGAGCCACGAUCAAGACCAUCCAACAAGAUAGUGGCGCGAUGGUAAAGCUUACAAACGGUGACACAGCGGACACGCGGAACGUGAAGAUUAUUGGCAGUGAAGAUGCUCAGCGUUUGGCCAGUGGCAUGAUCGAGAAGAUUGUUGGAAAAUUGUUGCGGUCGGAAACGAUUACCACUCCACCACCGCCGCCCAGGCGACAAGCACGUGGUGGAGGCACAAGUCGAGGCACAGAUAGACCGCGACCGAAACGGCGGUCGGUGUCCCCGGUAGAGAAAAUCACUAUUAGUGACGAGGCUUGGGAGGAAAUACUCCGAGAAAACAGGCAGAGGGACCUCGAGAUUAUACAGUCGUUGCCGCCAAUCAUCAAGGAUCUCUAUGUGGAGCAUAAACAAGUAAAAGCCAUGUCUGACGAAGAAGUCCAAUCGUUUAGAACUGCUCAAAAUGAUACUACUGUCCAGUACGUGGAUGGUGCUGAAUGCUUACGACCGAUACCAAAGCCUAUAAAAACAUUUGAGCAUGCCUUUGGUUCGUAUCCAGAUAUCAUGAAGGUAAUUAAGAAACAAAAUUUUACCGUACCAUCGCCUAUACAGUGUCAAGCAUGGCCAAUAAUUAUGAGUGGACACGAUUUAAUAGCUAUUGCCCAAACUGGUUCAGGAAAGACAUUAGCAUAUAUACUGCCAGCUAUAAUUCAUUUACUUGGACAACCUACACCACGCAAUAAACGUAUUGGACCGUCGGUAAUGAUAAUGGGACCAACCAGAGAACUUGUGUUGCAAAUUCACGAUGAAAUAACAAAAUAUUUAUAUAACAAUAUCAAAGUUGUGUGUGUUUACGGUGGUGGUGUUUCAGCUCAGGAACAUCAAAAACUUAUAAAAGCUGAAAAACCAGACAUUGUUGUAGCCACACCAGGAAGGCUUAAUGAUUUGAUUGGUAUACAAGCAAUUAAACUUGAACAUGUGUCUUAUUUGGUUCUCGAUGAAGCGGACCGUAUGUUAGACAUGGGUUUUAAAAAUCAAAUAGAAUUGUCACUAAGACAUGUGCGUCCAGAUAAGCAAACUAUUUUGACAAGCGCCACAUGGCCAACAGCUGUCAAAAAUUUGGCUAAUUACUUUACAAAAAAUCCUUUACAUAUCACAGUCGGUUCUCUUGAUCUAUCUACUGUAAAUACAGUAACUCAGAAAAUUAUCAUACUCAAAGAACAUCAAAAGGAAGCUUGGUUGGAUGAAUUUAUUAGCACUAGCCUCUCUAAGGAUGAUAAAGUCAUAAUAUUUAUGCGCAAGAAAACAUCGGUUGAAAAGAUGUACGAAAAUUUUAUUAGAAAAAAUAUCAAGUGCAGGUGUUUACAUGGUGGAAGAUUACAAAUUAAUCGAGAAAGAUCAUUGGCUGAUAUGCGUAAAGGUGUUGUAUCCAUACUUAUUGCUACAGAUGUAGCAUCUAGAGGAAUAGAUAUUCAUGAUAUUACUGUCGUUAUUAACUAUGAUUUUCCUACAAAUAUUGAAGAGUAUGUUCACAGAGUAGGUAGAACAGGUAGAGCAGGAAAAACAGGCUCUGCAUAUACUUUGUUUUCUGACUAUGAUAAAUUUAAUGCUUCUUCCUUAAUCAGUGUUUUGAAGAAGUCUAAUCAACCUAUUCCGGCAGAAUUAUAUAAAAUGACUACUCAGUAAACACUAAUUCAAACAUUAAAAUUAAAUUACUAUUUUUUACGCUUUAAUAAUUAAUAUAAUAAGUUUUUAAUUUUUAAUUUAGUAUUU